AUGCCUCCAGUAGCCAGCCGUGGAACAGUGGAGCUGCCUGUAUCGCAGUGCUCCUCCGAGGAGAGCCUGGCUGCACAAACUCUCUCUCUCUUGCCAGAAGAAGCAGAGCAGCUUGCAAAGGAGCAACAAGCCAUGCAAGUCGGUGUCACAGAAGCCGGCAGCAGCCUGAACAGAAGCUCGGCCAGCCUGGAGGCCACUCUUGUAACUUUCACGGAAACGCUGACUUUCACGGAAGUGCUGGAAGAAGAGGAGGAGUGGGAAUCCUUUCAUUAUUCCUUUAAGACAGAGCAGCUGAUCACCCUUUGGAUUCUCUUUGUUGUAACAGUUGGUGGGAACGCCAUUGUUCUGCUUUCUACAUGGAGGAGAAAGAGGAAAUCCAGGAUGACCUUCUUUGUUACUCAGCUAGCCAUAACAGAUUGUUUUACAGGACUCAUAAACAUAAUGACUGAUAUAAUUUGGCGCUUCACUGGAGAUUUCAUGGCCCCUGAUCUCAUCUGCCGAAUAGUGCGCUAUUUUCAGGUUGUACUUUUGUACGCUUCGACGUAUGUCCUAGUUUCACUGAGCAUAGACAGAUAUCAUGCCAUAGUCUAUCCCAUGAAGUUCUUUCAAGGAGAAAGGCAGGCGAAAGUCCUCAUUGUGGUUGCCUGGAGCCUCGCAUUCCUGUUUUCAAUUCCGACUCUGAUCAUAUUUGGGAAACGGCAGCUGUCCAAUGGGGAAGUACAAUGUUGGGCUGCCUGGCCAGAUGAGUCUUACUGGAUCCCAUACAUGACCACAGUUGCCUUCCUGGUGUAUUUUAUCCCUCUGAUUAUUAUCAGUGUUAUUUACUUCAUCGUGAUUCGAACAAUAUGGGUUAAGAGCAGAGCUCAUGCUGUGGUUGUAUCUAACUGUUCCGAGGGUAAAUUCUGUGCCAGCUACUACACCCAUCGGGGACUCAUAUCAAAGGCUAAAGUCAAAGCCAUCAAGUACAGCAUGGUAAUAAUUCUUGCGUUUGUGCUCUGCUGGAGUCCUUACUUUCUAUUUGAUAUCCUGGACAACUUCAGCGUCCUCCCUGAGACUAAAGAACGCUUCUAUGCAGCGGUGAUUAUACAAAACCUCCCAGCUUUAAACAGUGCCAUCAACCCCAUCAUAUACUGUGUCUUUAGCAACACUGUUUGCUCGCAACGAUCAGGAACCUUGGGAACUUUCAGAGACAAAACAGAAGGACAAGAGAUGCAGGUUCUCUCUAGUCCAGAAUAUGUUUAG